UGCAUGGUAAAUCCAGCGGCACUCUCCUCCUAUAUAUCCAUUGCUCAAAAGACCUUCUGACCAAAGAGGUAGUGGAGAAGACGAGCGAUCGCAAGGAUGAGGCCUUCGACGGCAGCGUCAACCGCCGGGCGAAUGCCCCAAAGGCUUGUCUUCGUUGCGUUCAUGGGGUGCCUGCUCAUGAUCAUCCCCUGCUUCUUCGUUGCAGUGUGGAAGCCAAAGUUGGACCCUCUCUCGUCUCCAAAUCUGCAGCUAUCCGUGACGACCAGCAUAAAAAUACAAGCCGUCCGAGAGAGUUCCAGCAUCUCCGAUCGGUCCGGUAGUGAAAUGGUGGUGAUGCCAAUUUCUGUCAAUGAGGAUGAAGCAGAGUUAACCAAUGAGGCUGAAUUCUCAAACUCAACCAUGGAUGAAGAGCAGAAGAAUAAUGAUAAUGGAAUUUACCCUACAACAAAUGUCAAAGAUGCAGCAAAGCCUAAACAAGAAUUUAGCUUAGCAACAGGGAAACCAAAAGCAGAAGAAGGAACACAAGAAAUUACCUCACAGACUGAGGGAGUUGCAGAGAGCAAGAUAACCUGUGAUCUAUCCGAGCGUCGAUCCGAUACUUGUGUCAUGCAUGGUGAUGUGAGAGUUCUUGGAUACUCGUCUUCGAUCAUCUUGUCCAAAGCACCACAAGCAGAUGCUCCCGGAGAAGAGAAUACUUGGAAGAUCAGACCGUAUGCUAGAAAAUGGGAGUCCCCAUUGAUGGAAAUUAUCAGAGAACUCACCCUCAAAGAAUCCACAAAGCCAGCUGAUACCCCCCGGUGCGCAGUUCAUCACACGGUCCCUGCCAUCGUCUUCUCCACCGGCGGAUUCCUUGGCAACUUCUUCCAUGACUUCACUGAUGUGCUGAUCCCCCUCUUCACGACCGCACGUCAGUACAGAGGAGAAGCCCAGUUCUUGGUGACCAACUUCAACUACGGCUGGAUCAAGAAGUAUGAGCAGAUUCUACGACGGCUUUCGCAUUACCAAAUCAUCGAUCUGGAUCGAGACGGCAGGGUGCAUUGCUUUCGACAUGUUCAUGUCGGUCUCUUGAGCCACAAGGAAUUGAGCAUGGAUCCUGCCAAGUCUCCAAAUGGCUACUCCAUGGCAGACUUCAGGGAGUUCUUGAGGUCAUGCUUCUCUCUGAAGAGGAAGUCCGUCAGCGCCGGCAACAGGAAGCCGAGACUGCUGAUGAUCAACAGAAAGGGGCCGAGGUCCUUCAGCAACAGAAGGGAAGUGGCGUCGCUGGCACGAAGCUUGGGCUACAAAGUGGUGGUCGCCGGCCCUGAGGAGACGAAGAACCUGUCGAGGUUUGCACGCGUGGUCAACUCCUGCGACGUGAUGAUGGGCGUGCACGGCGCAGGGCUGACCAACAUGCUCUUCCUGCCCACCGACGCAGCGCUGGUGCAGGUAAUCCCAUGGGGCGGGUUGAAGUACGCCUGCGGCCAUGACUUCGGAGAGCCUGCACCGGACAUGGGAAUCAGGUACUUGGAGUAUGAGAUCAAAGAAGGGGAGAGUUCACUGAUGCGGCAGUACCCGAGAAGCCAUCCAGUGUUCACAGAUCCUCUUUCGAUUCACAAACAAGGUUGGAAUGUCCUCUGGUCCGUCUUCCUCAACAAACAGAGUGUGAGGCUCGAUGUCAGAAGGUUCAAAGGCGUCCUGCAAGAAGCCAUGAACGCACUGCCUCAUUAGGAGGAAGUCGGUGUUCCACUCAGGUUGGUUUGAUUCUAUUCUUCAUCGAUGUAUAUAGAACGUUGUUUAUCGAAUACAUUGAAUUGAAGAGCAGCAACGAGUUGCGAGGGCACACCUUAUUGGUUCCCAGCCAUGGUUGCCACAACACAGGGUGUCCAUGUUGUACUCGGUUGCCGAUGCUUGAGUUCGUUAGCUCUUGUGGGACCCAGAUACGAGAGCCAACGAGAGAAUGCCCUGUCUUGUUUGGUCGCUCGGCUAAGACAUCGGAGCCGCACCUCCACGGUUUUGCGUGAUCAUUUAUUUAAGGCGAAACCCAACCGCCAUUGGACCAUUUGCAUAUCUCUGUUUGGAACAGUUGAGAGAGAGAGAGAGAGAGAGAGAGAGACGAUCGCAACGAGAUCAACGAAGAGGCUACGGCCGAGCAGAUUGCCGUAGAGGCAUCCACCCAAUAUUACAGGUCACUCGAUUCCUGCCCCUCCUUCCUCUCUUUCUCCUCUCCUUUUGUCGUCGGGGUCUCAUUUUAGGGUUUCGAAUAAUUCUUUUUCUUGUAAUUUCUUGAUUUCUUCUUGGAGGAUCUUCAAAAUAUGCUGCUGGUAUCACGUUUCUUGAAUCUAUUGCGUUCUGUUUUCUUGCGUCCCGCAAUUCGAUGUUCUUUUGGGGUCAAAGAAUCGAUACUUGUGCUUUUCUGAAGUUGUUUUUGUUACGAGGUUAAUUUGACCUGAAAUUUAUGCUUCUUUUUUUCAUAUAUAUAUAUAUAUAUAUAUUCUUGAAAUCGAUAAUGGUUGUCGUCUCACUCAGAAUGUUAGAUAAGAGAAUUAGGAGUUUGGCUGAAUCAAACUGUAGGAAUUUUCUUAGCCUCACUCUGUUAUGUUGAUACUUACUGCUUUGGUUUUCUUCAUGAGAGAGUAAAAAGAAGACCUCAUUUAUGAUUUGCAUUCUAGUUAAAGGUACAUGUGCCCAGUUGAUGAGAGUAAUGUCAAUGUCAGUUAAAAGGAAGAGAGCAUAUCUUUUAUCCAAAGCAAAAGCCAUAGGACAUAUAGAAUCGAAGCAAGGCAUUGUAAAUUAUGUUUGCAGUUGAUUGGUGUUGAUAAGAAGGCGCCUACUACCUUAUAUCGGGAGUUAAACGUGGCAUAGAUGACGAAGAGAUGAAUGUGCUCCUUAACGAUGAUGACUCAAUAGUCUUAAAUUGGAAGAACCUGAUGGAUGGGGGAUAUGUAUCCGUAUGAAGAAAGUGUGACUCAUCUGGUUUCUAGGGACAAAGUGGGAUGUUACUAAUGGAUAAAUGCUUAAGGAAGUAAAUUUCAGGUGAUGUUUGGGUGAAAACUGAUCCGGAGUUUGAGGAAUAAGGUUUAGGUUGCAACUAUCCUAGAUUUGAUUAUAUAUUUUGAUGUUAAACUUAUUAGAUAAGUUAACAUCUUUUAAAUUUCUGUACAAGUAUGAGCAUUCAUUUAUCAUUGUGGGGGGUUGUUGUUGCUGCCGAACGGUCCUACAUUGUGCAAUUGUACAAAAAAUAAGUUCAUAUGAAAAUAGCUGCUGAUGAUAAACAAAUUUUACCUUUUGAUUGUUAUAUGCCAGCUUCGUAGGCACAAUCUUUUCAACUUUCUGUAUCCUUAGGCUCUAUGAUGAUUGUAGCUAUCAUGUUACAUUUUGCAAUGUACUAAUGAUUCCUACUCUAUCAAUCCUAGACACAAGUGCAACAUUUUUAGCAUUGUUAAAGUCAUUCAAGUAAUGACUUAUAACCAUAAUAUGCUUACAUUCAUAUUAGAAGAUCAUGCUCAUUUCAUUAUUCUUUUUCAUGUUUCAUUACUUCUGACAUCUAGUAGAUCUCACUCACUAAUAUGAACCUUAAAUUAUGAUUAGUUCACUGUGAUAAUUUAUAUUCCAUGUUUAAGCAUGGUAUCACAACCCAAGGUUGCUUGACCAUCUAGUGAUGCCCCAAAUUGUAGUUAGCAAUCAUAUGUUGCUUCUCCACCUAGCAAAAUUGCUGUGGGUGGAAAGGCUCCACUCUUGCGAAAGCGCACACCUGUCUCGGAUGAGAACGAGGUUAGUUUGCUAUGUGGAAAUUUCUGUACAUGUCUUUUUUACUUCAAAAAAUUUAACUAUCAUUCUAUAAACUAGAUUAAUAAAGGUAACAUCAACAUUCUUUUUUCUAUGGUUGUGUGCGGCUUUGUAAGAAGUAACUUUACUCUCAUAACUUUGUCUGCGUGCAAUAAGAUUAAUCAUGUUACUGAUAUGUAGUGGGUGGAGGCUCAGAAAGAGUAAUCACAUGGUGAACUCUUUAUUCCUAAUCUAUUCCAGCCUAUGAUUCUAUUUAAGGUGUACCAUUUGCAUUUCACAGCAGAAUUAACCAGUCCAUGUACCAUUAGUUCAGAGUUCACUCCUGCUGUCUUAGAUUAGACUUUCCUUCCCUACCAUUAAUUCAGUCAUUAAAGAAGUGUUUCUUGGUUAGUUCCACUUGUAUUAAUCAUCUUGAUCUCCUGUGUUCUAUAUAUGGUAGGCAUAUCUUUUUUCUUCUGGUUGAUUAGGAGUCUUUCAAAUCUUUCAAUAUGUGCAUUACGUGGGGAUAGGAGCACGUAAGAAACACUAAUAUCGAUCAUUAUUUUUUUUUUCUUUUUGUUAAGGGUAAGUGGUGAAGAUAGGAUUUGAACUAAUGAGUCAAUUCAUCAGUCUUUGUUGCUCUACGAAAGAAACCUGCCUUAUGUUGGCCAUUUUGAACUGCACAUCAUUGCUUUACAAUUAAUCAGUAAGGAUUGAUCGGAUUAACUGGGCAAACCUUGAGGGAGAACACAAGAGACAUGCGGUGUCUUUGGGCAUAUUUCAUAAUGGUAGAAAUUGUGUACAUUGGUUGUGUUGCCUCUGGACAUAUUUCAAAUGCAUGAUCGGAUGCAAUAAAAUCUCUUAUUUGCCGUAA